AUGUUGGAGUCUUUUAAUACAGUAGGAUGGCAAAGAUUUAAAAGUGCGUUGAUGCGGAAAAAAAUAAUCGACGCUUCAGCACCGGAAUCUAAAUUAUUAAAGUGUUUAACAACACUAGACUUAACAGCUCUUAGUAUCGGAUCAACUCUUGGGGUUGGAGUGUAUGUUCUUGCUGGAAAUGUCGCAAGUAUCCAUGCAGGUCCCUCUGUGAUUAUAUCGUUUGUUAUUGCGGCUAUUGCUUCUAUAUUCGCAGGACUGUGUUUUGCUGAGUUUGGCACCAGAGUACCAAAAGCCGGAUCAUCUUAUGUCUACACGUACGUGACAAUUGGUGAAUUUGUGGGAUUUAUUAUCGGCUGGGUAUUGAUUCUUGAAUAUGUAAUCGGAGCAGCGAGUGUGGUACGAGCACUGACCAGUUAUAUUGAUGUAUUUACUCAUCAAGUUAUAAGCAAUGCGUUCAAAUCAUUCGCUAAAAUUGGAAUCCCGUACUUCUCACCCUACUUUGAUUUUCUUGCCUUCGGAAUCACUGUAUUGUUUUCAGUGGGUUUGGCGUUUGGUGCUAAGGAAUCAUCGUUAGCAAACAAUAUUUGUACUUUUAUUAAUUUAUCAAUUGUACUGUUUGUUAUUAUCGCUGGAUCAUUCAAAGCUGACAUGAAAAAUUGGAAACUAAACGUUGAAAACUUACCGGAAAAAGAGGGUGUCAAUUAUGGAAAUGGUGGUUUUGCACCAUUUGGAUUAAUGGGAAUAAUUUCUGGUGCUGGAGAAUGUUUCUACGGCUUUAUUGGAUUUGACUGUAUAGCAACAGCUGGCGAAGAAGCUAAAAACCCAAAAAAAUCAUUACCAAUAGCGAUCGUUGUUUCCUUGACAAUAGUUUUUUUGGCGUACUUUGGAAUCUCGAUAGUGCUAACGACUGUUCUACCUUAUUACGACCAAGAUAUUAACGCUCCUUUUAUUUACAUGUUUAACUCAAUCGGUUGGAAUUGGGCGACUUACAUUGUCAGUGUUGGUGCAUUCUGUGCUUUGACUACAAGUUUGGUCGGUGCUUUGUUCCCUUUACCAAGAAUUAUUUAUGCAAUGGCAUCAGACGGCUUGUUGUACAAAUGGCUGGGACAUAUAAAUACUCGAUUCCACACUCCAAUGACUGGAACUUUGAUAGCAGGGCUUUUUACUGGAAUCCUUUCUGCGCUUUUUGACUUGAAACAUUUGUCUCAAAUGAUGAGUCUAGGUACACUAUUUUCGUAUUCGAUUGUUGCUGCGUGUGUUGUUGUUUUACGGUACAAAGAAAAUGAAAUUAACGAAAAAAAACGACUAGUUAAAGAACCCAGGACAAUUAAAUAUAUUGCUAAGCAAUUGUUCAAUGCUAAUAAUUUAGUAUUUUCAACAAAACUUACUUCGGACAUAGUAUCUUGCCUCGUUACAAUUUAUGUAAUUGUCGGUUUCUUAUCUGCGGGAUUCAUUGUGAAAUUUUUAGAACACAUUAUUAAUGUGGAGAUCUGGGCAAUAAUCCUCCUUAGUGUACCGCUUGUACCUUUCUUGCCAGCAAUCAGUAUCAUGGUCAACUUUCUCCUUAUGUGGGGUGUGAGUAUAAGAACCUGGAUGCAAUUCGUCGGAUGGAUGGGAAUUGGUCUCAUUAUUUAUUUCACGUAUGGAAUAAAAAACAGUAUCAAUAGAACCAAACCAACACCAAAUGAAGUUUGUAAUUAA